GCUAGCUUGAUGGCUGCUUGUCACAGCUGGGUAUCUGGCUCUCUGCAAGUUGAGCAACAGCGUCGAGAGCGAGCAAGUUGCCGAACGGAUCUCCCGGAGCUGCGCUUAACUUGAGAUCCAGAAUGCUGAGAAGAGGAUGAGUCUCCCAGGUCAUCUGAGACAUCCACGUGUCCUUGCUGCUGUCCCUCCCCGACAGCCCUCUUGUCCCACCAGGGACAGACCAUCUGCCUCCCCACCGUGCCCCUGCCCCCAGUAGUGGCCAUCCCAGACGGGAGGAAAGGCAAGCCAGCCACUGUAAAUAUGCCCGGAUGGAGGUCUCAGUGGCGUCUCGUCCUGCUAAACUCGCUGGCCUGUGGCCUGGAGAUCUGCCUGGCAGCUGGGAUCACAUACGUGCCCCCACUGCUGCUGGAGGCUGGAGUGGAGGAGCGCUACAUGACCAUGGUGCUAGGUAUUGGUCCAGUACUUGGUCUCCUAUUCAUCCCUCUGAUUGGCUCUGCCAGUGACCAAUGCCACAGCAGCUAUGGCAGACGACGGCCUUUCAUCUGGCUGCUGUCUUUAGGGGUCCUUCUGGCACUUUUCAUCAUUCCCCACGCCGACAUACUGGCUGCACGCCUUGCCUGGGGAGGCCGCACCUUCCAGGUGGGCUUCCUUAUCUUCGGGGUUGGGCUCCUCGACUUUUGCGGACAAGUGUGCUUUACACCACUGGAGGCUCUGUUGUCGGACCUUUAUCUGGACAAGGAGGACUACAACCAAGCCUUUGCCAUGUUCUCCUGCAUGGUCAGCUUGGGGGGCUGUGUGGGCUAUCUGCUCCCAGCACUGGACUGGAGUCGUGGCCUGCUCUCUGCUUACCUAGGAGGCCAGGCCGAGUGCCUGUUCUCCCUACUCAUCCUCAUCUUCAUCUCCAGUGUGCUCAUCACCAUGAAGGUGUCUGAGGAACCCUUGUGUGCCAACACUGGCUUGGCGGGGUCUGGCUCUUUACUGGAGUCGGGGGCCAGUAAGACAGAGGCCGGCCGGUGCGGCGUGCCGCGCUCAUGCUGCUACCUGCUGAAGUGCAAACUGAGGCUGCUGAAGUCUGGACCCCUGCUGUGCCUGCUGAGAACAUGCUGGUCCAUGACCCCGGUCAUCUACAGGAGCUACUGCCAUGUCCCGCGGGUGAUGAGGCAGCUGUGUGUGGCUCAGCUAUGCAGCUGGAUAGCUGUCAUGUCUUUUAUGCUUUUCUACACAGACUUUGUGGGGGAAGGCCUGUAUGAGGGCGUGCCCAGUGCAUUACCAGGAAGUGUGUCCAAGCAAAGAUACACUGAAGGUGUCCGUAUGGGCAGUAUGGGCCUAUUCUUGCAAUGUGCUACCUCAACCUUCUUCUCCCUGGUGAUGAGUCGUUUGGUUCGCCAUCUUGGCUCACGGUGGGUCUACACCAGCAGUAUGGUGAGCUUCACGAUCUCUGCUUUGGUCAUCUGCCUGUCCAAAAGUGUGGUCUUGGUCACUAUAAUGGCUUCCCUCACUGGCUAUGCGUACGCCACACUGCAGACUCUGCCCUACACACUCACCUGUAUGUACCACAAGGAGAAAGAGGUCUAUAUGCCAAAAAGGAAAGCCCAAAGUGUGCAUAAAAAUGGGAUAGCCACCAAGCAGGACUCUGUGUAUUUGACUUCUGUGGAAGAGGAGGACCGAUUGAACCACACAACGGUGCCUCCCUACGGGCAAGUCUUCUUCGGCCCGCCACACGGCCAGAAUGGCUCAUCUCACAGCUCCGGUGGUACCGAACAGGAGGAGAUUGAGUCGGGCUAUGAGAAACGUGGCGUGGGUUUGGACUUCGCCAUCUUAGACAGCACCUUCCUCCUCUCUCAGGUUUUCCCCACCCUCUUCAUGGGCAUGAUCGUUCACUUCACACAGUCCGUCACUGCCUAUAUCGCCUGCUCCGUCAUCUUCGGUGCCGUCGCCACCUACUUGGCCAGUCAAAUCAUCUUUGACCAAAAGGACCUCAAAAACUGAGACUUGGAUGCAGAGGAUGUGGAAGCGAUGUAAUCACAAAUAAUCAAUCAUUCAGGUUCCACGGGCGGAACUCAACGAUGCACUACUGUUUCCAGAAUGCCUUGCUCUAGUACCGUGUGUUUGCACAUAUGAAAGCUCUGCGUUGGGGAAGUGCGUGUCAGGUCAUGAGAGAAAGCCAUUUCAGUGAUGGGGCCGGUAUUGUUGCCCAAAUAGUCGACACCAAACUGUGCGCUCAGGUCAGGUGUGGUACUCUCCGGAAUGCAAUUGAAUUCUAUAGAAAUCUGUCUGAAACCUUUUUCUUGUGACACCUUUUAUGUCCAUAGUCUUUUUCCUCAGGUACCACAAACAGAUUUACUGUAGAACUCAUUAACACACACCUUCUAGGCUUUUAAUGGUUUUUUAAAAUGAUUUUAUCCCAAGCUAUCUGCACAUUUUUAAUAAUAGUACAGUGUUUUUUUUAUUACUCAAAACAACAUAUUAAACAGUGUUGGUUUGUACAAACUCAUCUGCAGCGUCACUAAGCCAGUCUGGAGACUCGUCCUCGUUUUAUUGAGACAGGGCUCUCUUUCUUCACUACGGAAGAAAUAAUGCUUGAAUAAAUAGAUUCAAGCAUGGUUUCUAUCUGUUCAGAAAAAAGAAUUCCAAGUGGGACCAUUGGACGUGUCCAUACAAGAUGAACAAACACACUUAAAGGGGCACUGUGGUGAUUUAGUAUUGCAGACACUUUUCAUAGUCCAACUCUAUAAUCUUUAAUCAGACCUCCCCGGCCUGUUAAUGGGCCAGUGUGUAGCAUUUUGGUUACCUUGCAUGGGCGCUGAUGUUGAAGUCCCAAGAUCACUGGUGUCCGGCAAGCCAUUUCAUGUACCGAUCACUGUGAGGUGUGUGUGGAAGACACAACUACACAGAGAGUUUGAUUGACAGAUGGUUCAUCCAAUCACCUGCCAAAUAUUUUUUGGAAAUUGCAUGCCGUUUCCAAAUAGUCUCAGAUGGACAAUUGUCAAGCAAAUCGGUGGCAUUUUGCGUGAAGGCCCCUAUAGUUCUCCAACAUGCUUGAGAAACUGCUGGGAACACGUUCUGCCGAGUGCAAUGACGCUUGACUUUCGCUGCUCCUGACGUGGUUACUGUGGUAACGACGGGGCGGCUCACGUUACUGUAGUCUUGGAAAGCGGAAGGGGUAUUCAGGUGGAUGCAAUCUGCACCACACCGCUAGAUUCUGCCAAAUCCUACACGUGACCCUUUAAAGCGUGAUCACCUUUUUAGUUUCCGUUUGAAAUGCAGUUUCUCUUUCUCAAGAUGAUCCUGAUGACAUCACACAUUGGGGUUGUUUUCCCAGACUUUCUAAAGCUCCUCCAGAGUCACAGAGGACGUCAUACAACAGUCUUCACAUGCGGAGUAGACAAGUAAACUGACCUUUUAUGUAUACCCCGAUAGAAAUUCAGCUGUACUCUGAUGUUUGGCCCCAUCUCGUGUGUUUCUCCCAUCUAGUGCCAUCUAUUAAUUAAUUAACAGUUUAACUGUAAAUAUUGUGUAUACAAAUGUACACUAUGUCCCUAUGGGAAUGUUGUUAUGCAACCUGUUCAGGGGAGUUUAUUGACUUUGGUGAAUUAAGAAUGAAGCUGUUUACUAUAACUGGAAAUAUUGCAUCAAAGGUCUUCUGAUUAACCGAGAAUAAUCUUGUCUAGUUGACUUCUCAUCUUGUCCAACUAUGCUCCCGAUCAGGACAGUCAUCUCAGGUUACUACAUUGUUUUAGUGUCCUAUCCUGUCCUUUAAGCCACUGAUAGAGAAAAUAAAACAAACUUUCCCUGCUGCCUAAACCUUCAUGUUCUACUGUAUUCAACCUAGGACACCCAGAUGGGCUUGUUACAUAUUGCUGUAUGUAAACAUGUAGGGGGAUGUCUGAGGGAAGCUCACUUCAUAGCACCCACUCCUGAAAGACCACCAACAACAACAAAAAAGUAAUGCAGUAAAUGGAACUUAUUUGGUUACUGAGAUGCUGUAUGUUACGUUGUAUUGUGGCCUUCAGAUGAGCUUUUAAAAUUGGCCGGUUGGUCUAAACACAAUGCUGGUUUCGCAACCGCCAAGUGAGUUAAUUUGAGCAUUUUAUAUCCAGGUUGUCUGAUCGCACACAAGGGGUGAUGAAUUAGUCUCCACAGAUCCAAAUGGUCCUGGAGGAUCUCAGGAGGAGUUUUGUCCUGUCGACACCACUGCAGUACAUAACCCUCAAGCGACUGUGUUGUCCUUUUCACCCUGAAAUUCACAAGACAGGUUUUGUCUAGCAGGAGCUGAAGUGUCUGAAAAAGGUUGUUUUUACAAGUGCCUGUACAUUUUUUCGAACUUUUUUUUGUACAUCUGUAUUUAUUUAUUAUACUUUUAUUAAACUAUUAGCCUCGUCUCUUUCAUUUGGUGCAAGGGCGAAGGCUGUUUCUGUGAAAAAGAUAAAUUAUUUGUAUAGAUGUGGUAUAGAAGCAUCAUUAAACUAUAAUUUAUUAUAUCAUUA